CUCCAUCCUGCUCAUUUCGCACCCUUCUUCCACCCGUUCGUCUCUCCUGUUCUCUCUCCCUGUAGAGAUCAAGAUCGAUAUUAGGGUUUCUCCAACCCUCAAAAAAAUUUCGAAAUCUACACUCAUAACUCACCUGCAUCUUCAAUGCCGAUUCCUCUACCUCGAUCAUCUCCAACCUUUUAAAAAUUUCGCUUCUAACCUGAUCACUCACCAUGUUCGAAGCUCAUGUUUUGCAUUUGCUUCGAAGAUACCUGGGCGAAUAUGUCCACGGGCUGUCAGUGGAGGCUUUAAGAAUAAGUGUCUGGAAAGGCGAUGUUGUCCUCAAAGAUUUGAAUUUGAAGGCUGACGCGCUAAAUUCACUAAAACUUCCAGUCACUGUCAAAGCUGGUUUUGUUGGUACUAUUACAUUAAAGGUUCCCUGGAAAAGUUUAGGAAAAGAACCUGUGGUUGUUCUUGUUGAUCGCGUCUUCAUUCUUGCUCACCCUGCCCCUGAUAGCCGGACUCUCAAGGAGGAGGACCGGAGAAAACUUUUUGAAACCAAACUUCAACAAAUUGAGGAAGCAGAAUCUGCAACUCUUGAAGCAACUAGAUCAAAGCUGGGAAGUCCUUCUCCAGGAAAUUCAUGGCUGGGCUCUCUGAUUGCCACUAUUAUUGGAAAUCUUAAAAUUUCAAUUAGCAAUGUGCAUAUCAGAUAUGAGGAUUCAGUCAGUCAUCCUGGGCAUCCAUUUUCUUGUGGUGUUACCCUAGCGAAGCUGGCAGCUGUCACAACAGAUGAGCAGGGUAUUGAAACAUUUGAUAUCAGUGGUGCUUUGGAUCGAUUACGGAAGUCAUUACAACUUGAGAGGCUUGCUGUGUAUCAUGAUUCUGAUAGCCUCCCUUGGAAGAAAGACAAAAAGUGGGAAGAUUUAAGUCCUGAGGAAUGGGUUGAGAUAUUUGAAGACGGUGUAAAUGAACCCUCUACUGGUCAUGGUAUGGUGUCCAAAUGGGCUAUGAAUCGUAACUACUUGGUGUCACCAAUCAAUGGAGCCCUUAAAUAUCAUCGUCUUGGAAAACAAGAAAGAAGUGAUCCAGAGAUUCCAUUUGAGAAGGCUUCUCUUGUCCUAAGUGAUGUCUCAUUAACAAUUACAGAGGUGCAAUAUCAUGAUUGGAUAAAACUUUUGGAAGCUGUUUCAAGAUACAAGACAUAUGUUGAAAUUUCCCAUUUAAGACCUAAGAUCCCUGUUUCUGACAAUCCUUGUCUGUGGUGGCGAUAUGCUGCUCAAGCUGUUCUACAGCAGCGAAAAAUGUGCUACCGAUUCUCAUGGGACCGCAUUCAGCAUCUCUGUCAGCUUCGUCGCCAUUAUGUUCAAUUGUAUGCUGCCAUGCUGCAACAAUCAUCAAAUGCUAGCACCUCGGAACUUAGAGAAAUGGAGAAAGAUCUUGAUUCUAAAGUUAUUCUCUUGUGGAGGUUACUUGCACAUGCCAAGGCUGAAUCAUUGAAAACAAAGGAAGCUGCUGAGCAGAGGAGGCUAAAAAAGAAAGGCUGGUUUUCAUUUGGAUGGCGUACAAAUUCUGAAGAAGCCUCUGAUGGGGAUGCUUCUGAAGCAUCCCAGUUAAGAGAAGAAAAGCUGACUCAAGAGGAAUGGCUUGCAAUUAAUAAAUUGCUUAGUUACCAGUCAGACGAAGAGUUAAUGCCACAUUCAGGAAAGGACAUGCAGAAUAUGAUUCGGUAUUUAGUGACUGUGUCUGUUAAGCAGGCUGCUGCCAGGAUAAUUGACAUAAAUCAGACUGAGAUUGUCUGUGGUAGAUUUGAGCAGCUUCAAGUUUCAACCAAAUUAAAAAAUCGCGCUACCCACUGUGAUGUGUCCCUAAAAUUAUAUGGUUUAUCUGCACCAGAAGGUUCACUUGCACAGAGCGUUUCUAGUGAACAGAAGGUGAAUGCAUUAUCUGCCAGUUUUGUACAUUCCCCAGUGGGGGAGAAUGUUGACUGGAGGUUGUCAGCCACAAUUUCGCCUUGCCAUGUUACGGUUUUAAUGGAAAGUUUUGAUCGCUUUUUUGAGUUUGUGAGGAGAAGUAAUGCAGUUAGCCCUACUGUUGCAUUAGAAACUGCAAAUGCUUUGCAGAUGAAGAUUGAGAAAGUGACUCGAAGAGCGCAAGAGCAAUUUCAAAUGGUAUUAGAGGAACAAAGCAGAUUUGCCCUUGACAUUGAUCUGGAUGCUCCAAAAGUUACAGUUCCUAUGAGGACAGUCAGUUCUUCCAACUGUGAUAUGCAUUUUCUUUUGGAUUUUGGUCACUUCACAUUACACACUAUGGAAACACAGUCUGAUGAAAAGAGGCACAGUAUAUAUUCUCGUUUCUACAUAUCUGGCAGAGAUAUCGCUGCUUUCUUUACGGACUGUGAUUCUCACUGCUACAACUCCACAGUGGUUGUGCCAAAUCAUAAUAGCCAGUCACUGACAUCCCAGAUACCAGAAAAAGUUGACAAUUACUUUUCUCUUAUUGAUAGGUGUGGAAUGGCUGUAAUUGUUGAUCAGAUCAAAGCACACCACCCUAGUUAUCCUUCAACACGGAUUUCUGUUCAAGUGCCAAAUCUUGGCAUUCACUUUUCACCAGCAAGAUACUCUAGACUUAUGGAAUUGGUGAACAUACUGUACAAUACAGUUGACAACUAUGGUCAGUCUACCGUCGAUAAUUUUCAAACCCAGAUUGCUCCUUGGAGUUCUGCUGAUCUUGCUACCGAUUCUAGAAUCCUUGUUUGGAGGGGGAUUGGCAAUUCUGUGGCUCAUUGGCAACCCUGUUUUCUUGUGUUAUCUGGACUAUAUCUUUAUGUUAUGGAAUGUCAGAAGUCCCAAAGCUACCAGCGAUACUUGAGCAUGGCUGGUAGACAGAUAAAUGAGGUUCCUCCAUCAAGUGUUGGUGGUUCCCAAUUCUGUGUUGCUGUGAGUUUCAGGGGAAUGGACAUUCAGCAAGCGUUGGAAUCUUCUAGUACCUGGAUUUUAGAGUUUCAGGAUGAUGAGGAGAAAACGUGUUGGUUGAAAGGACUUAUACAGGCUACCUAUCUAGCUUCUGCUCCUCCAUCAAUGGAUGUGCUUGGAGAAACAAGUGGCAUUGCAUCCAACUUUGGAGAACCUGAAACACCAACUCUGAGAACAGCAGACCUUGUCAUCAAUGGGGCACUUGUGGAGGCCAAGUUAUUCAUAUAUGGAAAGAAUGGGGAUGAAGUUGAUGGGAAACUUGGAGAGACUCUUAUUAUCGAGGUUCAUGCUGGCGGGGGAAAGGUGCACAUGAUUCGUGCAGAGGGUGAUCUUAGAGUAAAGAUGAAGCUGCAUUCCCUGAAAAUUAAAGAUGAGCUUAAGAGCCGCCAAUCUGCAAAUCCACGGUAUUUAGCCUGCUCAGUGCUAAAGAAUGACAAGUUUCUUGUAUCCUCUCACAAUGUUGAUCCUCUAGGGAUGGGGAUGCCCAUAGUAUCUCAUGAUGAGGAGGAUACUUUUAAGGAUGCUUUGCCAGAUUUUUUGUCUCUAGCAGAUGGGGGCAUUUGGUCACCAAAAAUGGACGUCUCUCAUUUUGGAAUUAUGGGAGAUGCCAAUGACUCUUCAGAAUUUGAGUCUCCUGAAUCCUUGACUCUUGAGCAAGAUCUGUUACAAGGAAAAAAAAUUCCUGAUGAGAUAUUUUAUGAGGCACACGGUAGUGAUAAUUCUGAUUUUGUUUCUGUUACUUUCUCGAUGCAAAGUUCUUCUUCACCUGAUUAUGAUGGUAUAGAUACACAGAUGAGCAUUCGCAUGUCCAAACUAGAAUUCUUCUGCAAUAGACCUACUCUUGUUGCUCUAAUAGGUUUUGGCUUUGACCUCAGCUAUGUGGAUUCUUCUGAAAGUGGUACUAACAUGACUGAAAUCUCAGAUGAUAAGUCUUCCUUGAAAGAAAUGACUGAAGUCACAGGGCGUAUAAAAGGGCUGCUGGGGUAUGGUAAAAAUCGUGUGGUUUUCUAUUUAAACAUGAAUGUUGACAGUGUCACUGUGUUUCUCAACAAGGAGGAUGAUUCUCAACUCGCUAUGCUUGUGCAAGAAAGUUUUGUUCUGGAUCUCAGGGUCCAUCCUAGCUCUCUUUCUAUUGAAGGCAUGUUAGGAAAUUUCAGGCUCUGUGAUAUGUCACCAGAAACUAAUCAAUGUUGGAGUUGGGUUUGUGACUUACGUAAUCCGGGACUUGAUUCCCUUAUCAAGUUCAAUUUUAGCUCGUACAGUGCUGAAGAUGAUGAUUAUGAAGGAUAUGAUUACAAGUUGAGUGGCCAACUUUCUGCUGCAUGCAUUAUUUUCCUCUAUAGGUUUGUCCAGGAGAUAACUGCAUACUUUAUGGAACUUGCAACCCCAAACACUGAAGAAGCAAUAAAACUUGUUGAUAAAGUAGGGGGAUUUGAGUGGCUAAUCCAGAAGUAUGAGAUUGAUGGAGCCACCGCAUUAAAGUUGGACCUCUCACUUGACACUCCUAUCAUCAUCAUUCCUAGGAAUUCCAUGAGCAAAGAGUUCAUUCAACUUGAUCUGGGCCAGCUACAGGUGACAAAUGAAUUAAGUUGGCAUGGUUCUGCAGAGAAAGAUCCUUCAGCUGUCCACAUUGAUGCUCUUCAUGCCGAGAUUCAGGGAAUCAACAUGUCUGUAGGAGUUGACGGUUGUUUAGGCAAGCCUAUGAUACAAGAAGGCCAAGGAUUGGAUAUUUAUGUGCGCCGUAGUUUGCGGGAUGUCUUUAGAAAAGUCCCAACAUUCUCUCUUGAAGUUAAGGUGGAUUUCCUUCGUGGAGUCAUAUCUGAUAAAGAAUACAGCAUAAUUGUUGAUUGUAUGCGCUUGAAUUUACUUGAAGAGCCAAGGAUUCCACCAAGUUUUCGUGGCUGCAAAUCUGAUACGAAAGAUGCAAUUCGGCCGCUGGUAGAUAAGGUCAACACAAAUAGUCAAGUCCUCUCACAAACUGUCACUAUAGUGGCAGUUGAAGUUAAUUAUGCACUGUUGGAGUUGUGUAAUGGUGUUCAUGAGUCACCUUUAGCACGUCUUGAGCUAGAAGGUCUUUGGGUAUCAUACAGGAUGACUUCGUUGCCUGAAACAGAUCUUUAUGUAACUAUUUCAAAAUUUUCUAUCUUGGACAUUCAGCCAGAUACAAAACCUGAAAUGCGUCUGAUGCUUGGAUCAUCAACUGAUGCUUCCAAACAAGUUUCUGGUGGAAACAUCCCAUACUCUCUAAAUAGAAAAGGCUUUAGGGGAAUGAACUCUGAAUAUGCCGUCGAGGCUGAUGCACCAAAUUCGACAAUGUUUCUAAUGGACUAUAGAUGGAGGCCUUCCUCCCAAUCAUUUGUAGUUCGCAUUCAGCAGCCACGUGUCCUUGUUGUACCAGAUUUCCUUCUAGCCGUGGGUGAGUAUUUUGUGCCAUCAUUGGGAACUAUAACUGGAAGGGAGGAAUUUAUUGAUCCUAAGAAGGAUCCCAUUAGCAGAAGCAAUAGCAUAGUGCUUUCUGAAUCUGUUUACAAACAGAGUGAGGAUGUGGUUCACUUGUCUCCAAGUAGACAACUAGUAGCAGAUGCUAAGACAGUUGAUGAAUAUACAUAUGAUGGUUGUGGAAAGAUUAUCUGUUUAAGUGAAGAAACAGACACAAAGGAAUUCCAUUCAGGGAGAUCUCGACCAAUUAUAGUUAUUGGACGUGGUAAGAGGUUGCGGUUUGUCAAUGUUAAAAUUGAGAAUGGUUCCCUUUUGAGGAAAUAUGCAUACUUGAGUAAUGAUAGCAGCUAUUCGAUCUCCAUUGAAGAUGGUGUUGACAUUUCGUUGCUAGACAAUUCUUCAUCUGAUGACGACAAGAAGAUUUUGGAUUACAUGCAUGAACAAUCAGAUGUCUUAAACUCUUCUGAUUCUGAAAACGAUUCAAAUAGGCUGCAGAGUUUCACUUUUGAAUCCCAGGUUGUUUUUCCAGAGUUCACUUUCUAUGAUGGUACAAAAUCUUCACUGGAUGAUUCUUCAUAUGGUGAAAAGCUCCUAAGAGCAAAAAUGGAUUUGAGCUUCAUGUAUGCAUCCAAAGAAAAUGAUAUCUGGAUUAGAGCCCUCGUGAAAGAUCUGACUGUUGAGGCUGGUUCUGGUCUCAUGAUUCUUGAUCCAGUGGAUAUUUCAGGAGGAUAUACCUCUGUUAAAGAGAAAACGAGCAUGUCUCUGAUAUCAACGGAUAUAUGUGUGCAUCUUUCAUUGAGUGUCAUUUCUCUUCUGCUUAACUUGCUGAAUCAAGCUACUACAGCAUUGCAAUUUGGAAAUGCGAUUCCCCUGGCACCUUGCUCCAACUUUGACCGAGUUUGGGUCUCCCCUAGAGAAAAUGGCCCUUAUAAUCACCUUACCUUUUGGAGGCCUCACCCUCCAUCAAAUUAUGUUAUACUGGGAGAUUGUGUGACAUCAAGGCCAAUUCCUCCUUCACAGGCAGUCAUGGCUGUGAGUAAUGCAUAUGGCCGUGUGCAAAAACCUGUUGGGUUCAAUUUCAUUUGCUUAUUACCUGGUAUUCAAGGGUUUGGAGGUGAAAGCCAUUCUGGUUUUGAUCGUGAUUGUUCUCUAUGGGCGCCUGUUGCACCUCCUGGUUACACAGCACUGGGAUGUGUAGCACAUGUAGGAUGCGAACUGCCACCGACUCACAUUGUUUAUUGCCUACGAACCGACCUUGUAGCAUCUUCAACAUAUUCGGAAUGCAUUUUUAGUUCUGCACCAAAUCCUCAGUCUGAAUCUGGUUUGAGCAUAUGGCGUCUAGACAAUGUCAUUGCAUCUUUUUAUGCCCAUUCUUCUACUGAAUACCCUCCUAGAGAUAGUGGUGGUGAUCUGAAUCAUCUUCUUCUAUGGAACUCAAUCCGAAAUCAAUCGUUAUCUAGAGAUGCGGUAUCAGAUUUGGCUGAUGAACAUGACCAUGGAAGUCAAACAAGUAACAAUAGUGCUAAUUCGUCUGGAUGGGACAUUAGUAGAUCAAUUUCAAAAGCAACUAACUCGUAUAUGUCAACUCCAAACUUUGAGAGAAUAUGGUGGGACAAAGGUAGUGAGAUCCGUCGACCCGUCUCAAUAUGGCGACCUAUUGCAUGUCCAGGUUAUGCCAUACUAGGAGAUUGCAUAACUGAAGGCUCAGAACCUCCUGCCCUGGGCAUAAUAUUCAAGAUUGGGGAUCCUGAAAUCUCCUCAAAGCCUGUCCAGUUCACUAAAGUGGCCAAUAUUGUUGGGAAAGGUUUUGAUGAAGUCUUCUUCUGGUAUCCAAUUGCUCCUCCUGGUUAUGCUUCACUAGGAUGUGUUGUCACCAGAACAGAUGAAGCACCACUCUUGAAUUCAUUUUGUUGCCCGAGGUUGGAUAUUGUGAACCAAGCUAAUAUUAUUGAGGUGCCUAUUUCAAGAUCUCCAAGCACUAAAGCAUCUCAGUGCUGGAGCAUUUGGAAAAUCGAAAAUCAGGCAUGCACUUUUCUUGCCCGUAUGGAUCUUAAGAAGCCAUCGAGCCGGUUGGCAUUCACAAUUGCUGAUUCUGUGAAGCCAAAAUCACGGGAAAAUGUAACUGCUGAUAUCAAGCUGGGAUGCUUCUCCAUUACCAUUUUAGACAGCCUAUGUGGAAUGAUGACACCUCUAUUUGAUGUUACCAUAACCAAUAUCAAGCUUGCAACACAUGGUCGUCUAGAGGCAAUGAAUGCUGUUCUAAUUUCCUCUAUUGCUGCUUCGACCUUCAAUGCUCAGUUAGAAGCAUGGGAGCCACUGGUGGAGCCAUUUGAUGGAAUAUUCAAGUUGGAAACAUAUGAUAACAAUGUACAUCCACCAUCAAGAAUUGCAAAGAAAGUACGGGUCGCUGCAACCAGUAUCAUGAACAUAAAUGUCAGUGCAGCAAAUCUUGAAACUUUUAUAGGGACCAUUCUCUCUUGGAGAAAACAGUUAGAACUUGAUCAGAAAGCAGUGAAGCUAAUUGAGGAAGCUGUUUGUCAUCUUAAACAUGAAGAGGACCCAACUUUUUCUGCCUUGGAUGAAGAUGAUUUUCAGACUGUAAUAAUUGAAAAUAAACUAGGGUGUGAUCUGUAUCUGAAACAAAUUGAGGACAAUACAGAUACAAUCAGUCAACUACACAAUGAUGACUGUACUUUUGUGUGGAUCCCACCUCCAACAUUUUCAGACAAUCUAAAGGUUGUGGAUAGAUCUAGGGAAGCACGCUGCUAUGUUGUCAUUCAAAUACUUGAAGCCAAGGGUUUGCCCAUUGUUGAUGAUGGUAACAGUCACAAAUUCUUCUGUGCUGUGCGCCUUGUUGUUGAUAGUCAGGCAACAGACCAGCAAAAGCUCUUUCCUCAGAGUGUGAGGACAAAAUGUGUGAAGCCUUUGCUUCAAAGAGAACAUGAAAUCAGUAGUGCCACUGCAAAGUGGAAUGAACUUUUCAUAUUUGAAAUUCCUCGAAAGAUGACUAACAGCCACCAGUUUGGGAAUGGUGCUGAAAAUAGUCAUUUUCAGGGAGUGGCUAAGUUAGAAGUGGAGGUGACAAAUCUUGCAGCAAAAGCUGGAAAGGGUGAAGUUGUAGGUGCCCUCUCCCUUCCUGUUGGACAAGGAGCAGCCAUGUUGAAGAAGGUGGCUUCUGCAAGAAUGCUACAUCAACCACAUGAUUUUCAGAAUGUUAUGUCAUGUCCAUUAAGAAGAAGGGCUCCACAUGAUGAUGUUGAACAAAUGCUUGAAAGUGGUCAUCUGUUAGUUUCUACUACGUAUUUUGAGAGGAAUCUGGCAGCAAACUUUCAGAGAGAUAAAGAAACUGAGCUAUCUCGUAAUAGAGAUGUCGGUUUUUGGAUCAGGCUUAGCCCGGAAGGUGCAUGGGAGAGUGUUCGAUCGUUACUUCCACUGUCUGUGGUACCCAAAUUACUACAUGAUGAAUUUCUUGCCAUGGAGGUUGUCAUGAAAAAUGGCAAGAAACAUGUAAUUUUUAGGGGUCUUGCAAUUGUAGUAAAUGAUUCUGAUGUUAAAUUGGAUAUUUCUAUUUGCCACGUGUCUUUGGUUCAUGGCCGUGAUCCAUCUCUAGGAACAAGUAAAUUGAACAUUGUGAUAGAAGAGAUAUUCGAGAAUCAGAGUUAUCACCCAAUUUCUGGUUGGGGUAACAAGUUGCCUGGUUUUCGAAGUACUGGCCCAGGGCGAUGGAGCACCAGGGACUUCUCAUGUUCAUCAAAGGAUUUUUUUGAACCUCACCUUCCAACUGGAUGGCAAUGGACAUCUGCAUGGAUUAUUGAUAAAUCUGUACCUGUUGAUGAUGAUGGUUGGACAUAUGGUCCUGACUUCCAUACAUUGAAGUGGCCUCCAGCUUCAAAGUCAUAUAAAUCUGCUCAUAAUGUCGUGCGCCGAAGGCGAUGGAUUCGCAGGAGGCAACAAUUAACUGGGGAAGGAUCAAAUAGCGUGAACAGUGAUUUUAUUUCCAUAAAUCCCGGAUCAUCAUCUGUUUUACCAUGGAGGAGCAUAUCCAAAAAUUCUGAUCUGUGUUUACUAGUACGUCCUUGUGCUGAUCAUUCUCAGCCUGAAUAUGCAUGGGGCCAAGCAGUUGCUUUCGUUUCUGACUACAUGUUUGAGAAGGAUCAACCUUUCAGUGAUCAAGGCUUGCUUGCAAGACAAAAUACUUUAAAGCAGCAAAGAAAAAUGCCAAAUGCUUUUAUGCUGAAUCAGCUGGAGAAGAAGGAUGUUCUUUUCCAUUGUCGCCCAAGUAGUGGAAGUGCAGAAUUUUGGCUCAGUGUGGGUGCUGAUGCUUCAAUCCUCCACACUGAAUUAAAUUCUCCUGUUUAUGAUUGGGGAAUAUCUAUUAACUCCCCAUUGAAGCUGGAGAACCAACUUCCUUGUGCAGCAGAAUUUACAGUUUGGGAAAAGGGAAGAGAAGGGAGUUGCAUUGAGCGGCAACAUGGUAUAAUCUCUUCACGCCAGAGCAUACAUGUAUAUUCAGCUGAUAUCCGUAAAUCUGUCUAUCUUACAUUGCUUCUCCAGGGUGGUUGGGUUCUUGAAAAGGAUCCUUCCCUCGUGCUGGAUCUUGGUUCCAGUGCUCAAAUCUCAUCAUUCUGGAUGGUCCACCAACAAAGUAAAAGGAGACUGCGUGUGAGCAUUGAACGAGACAUGGGAGGAACCUCUUCAGCUCCUAAAACAAUAAGGUUAUUUGUACCAUAUUGGAUCGUAAAUGAUUCAUCUCUACCAUUAUCAUAUCGAGUGGUAGAGAUUGAGCCAGUAGAGACAGUUAAGUCUGUGAAAGCUUCCUUUAAAAAUCCCACAAACACCAUGGAAAGGAGAUUUGGCACAAAGAGAAAUGUUCAAGUACUUGAAGUGAUUGAGGAUACCAGCCCGAUACCGAGCAUGCUUUCUCCACAGGACACUGCUGGUCGGAGUGGGAUUAUGUUGUUUCCUUCUCAAAAAGAUGCAUACCUGUCUCCACGUGUGGGCCUUGCAGUAGCUAUUCAACAUUCUGAGAUCUAUAGUCCUGGGAUUUCUUUUCUCGAGCUGGAAAAGAAGGAAAGGGUUGGCAUAAGGGCAUUUGGUUCUGAUGGAUCUUACUACAAGCUUUCAGCAUUGCUGAAGACCUCAGACAGAACAAAGGUUCUUCAUAUUCAGCCACACACCUUGUUCAUCAAUAGGUUGGGUUUCAGUCUCUGCCUGCAGCAAUGCGGUUCCCAGCUGGUGGAAUGGAUUCACCCCGCUGAUGCUCCAAAACCCUUUGGAUGGCACUCUUCUGCCAAUGUCGAGCUGUUGAAGUUGCGAGUGGAUGGAUACAAAUGGAGCACUCCAUUUAGUAUUUGUAAUGAAGGAAUGAUGCGAAUAUUCUUGGAGAAAGAUUCGGGAGAUGAUCAAAUGCAGCUGAGGGUACAAGUAAGAAGUGGCACAAAGAGAUCACAAUAUGAAGUUAUUUUCCGCCCAAAUUCUUUGUCCAGUCCUUACAGGAUUGAAAAUCAUUCGUUUUUUUUACCCAUUCGAUUUCGGCAAGUGGAUGGUCCCAGUGAAUCAUGGAAGCUUCUUCUUCCAAAUGCAGCUGCUUCUUUCUUAUGGGAAGACUUUGGUAGACCAAGAUUAUUGGAACUUUUAGUUGAUGGAACAGAUUCAUCAAGAUCAUUGAAAUACAAUAUCGAUGAGAUUCUUGAUCACCAGCCCAAUCAUGCGGAGGGUCAGCCUGUUAGACCAUUACGGGUUACUGUUCUAAAAGAAGACAAAAUGAAUAUUGUUAGGAUCAGUGACUGGAUGCCAGAAAAUGAACUUCCAAUUACUGGUAGAAGAGUCCAGCCGCCAUUAACACAACUUUGUGGAAAUGACUCUCUACAACAGCAGUUGCCGUUGUCCACAGGUUGUGAAUUUCAUGUUGUUCUUGAGCUUGCUGAGCUUGGAAUAUCUGUUAUUGACCACACACCUGAGGAGAUUUUAUAUCUUUCUGUCCAGAAUCUUCUUUUAUCAUAUUCUACUGGUUUGGGGUCUGGGUUUAGUAGGUUGAAUCUAAGAGUGCAUGGAAUACAAGUGGAUAACCAGUUACCAUUAACUCCGAUGCCAGUUCUCUUCAGACCGCAGAAAGUUGGGGAGGAUAGAGACCAUGUAUUGAAGUUUUCCAUGACAAUGCAAUCAAAUGGAUCUUUAGAUUUAUGUCUCUAUCCCUAUAUUGGUUUCACUGGACCUGAAAGUUCUGCUUUCAUAAUAAACAUCCAUGAACCUAUCAUUUGGCGCCUUCAUGAGAUGAUCCAGCAGGUCAACCUCAGUAGGUUAUAUGAUACAAAAACAACUGCUGUGUCGGUUGAUCCAAUUAUUCAUAUUGGUGUUCUCAACAUCUCAGAAGUUCGAUUCAAAGUUUCAAUGGCCAUGUCACCUAGUCAAAGGCCAAGAGGAGUACUCGGGUUCUGGUCAUCCUUGAUGACUGCUUUGGGCAACACUGAAAAUAUGCCUGUGAGAUUGAAUCAAAGAUUUAAUGAGAAUAUGUGCAUGAGACAGAGUACUAUGAUAGGUAUUGCUGUCUCAAACAUAAAAAAGGAUCUACUUCGCCAACCUCUUCAACUGCUCUCUGGUGUUGAUAUAUUGGGCAAUGCAAGCAGUGCACUUGGACAUAUGAGUAAAGGUGUAGCUGCCUUAUCAAUGGAUAAAAAAUUCAUCCAAAGUCGACAGAGACAGGAGAACAAAGGUGUAGAGGCUCUUGGUGAUGUCAUUAGGGAGGGAGGCGGAGCACUAGCAAAAGGCCUCUUUAGAGGAGUUACCGGUAUUCUAACAAAGCCUCUUGAAGGUGCAAAAAAUUCAGGUGUUGAGGGUUUUGUUCAGGGAGUUGGAAAAGGAAUAAUAGGUGCAGCUGCUCAGCCAGUCAGUGGGGUUUUGGAUCUUUUGUCCAAAACUACGGAAGGGGCCAAUGCUAUGAGAAUGAAGAUAACAUCAGCUAUAACCUCAGAGGAACAACUGCUCCGCCGGAGGUUGCCUCGUGUUAUUAGUGCUGAUAAUUUGCUUCGACCUUAUAAUGAGUACAAAUCCCAAGGGCAGGUCAUAUUGCAGCUGGCAGAGUCAGGUUCAUUUUUUGGCCAGGUUGAUCUAUUUAAAGUGCGUGGGAAGUUUGCCUUAUCAGAUGCUUAUGAAGAUCACUUUAUGCUCCCUAAAGGAAAGAUCAUUGUGGUAACACAUCGAAGAGUCAUGUUGCUGCAACAACCAUCCAACAUUUUAGCUCAGAGGAAGUUCAGCCCGGCAAGGGAUCCAUGUUCAGUAUCGUGGGAUGUUUUAUGGGUUGACUUGGUGACCAUGGAAUUGACUCAUGGGAAGAAGGACCAACCAAAAGCUCCACCUUCACGCCUCACUCUUUAUUUACGGAGUAGAUCAACAGAGUCAAAAGAACAAUUUCGUGUGAUAAAAUGCAGCCGUGAGACAGAUCAGGCCCUGAAGGUCUACUCUUCAAUAGAGAGAGCAGUUAACACUUAUGGACGCAACCUAUCAAAUGAAAUGCUCAAAAAUCAAGUGACAAAACCAUAUGCACCGAGUGCAGAUGACUCCAGACUUGAAGGAAUUUCAAAGGAAGGGGAUUGUAUCUGGUCUCCCCAACAGAUGCCUGAGUCAGUUACUCAGAGUUCAACGUUUGGCAGCAGCUCCAAUUGAUUUUGGGAAAACUGCUCAAUGGAGAAUGUGGUUAAUAUUUUGCUGAAGUCGGGUCAUACAAAUUUUAUGCUUUUGAAUGUUAAAGAUUUAGGUCGCAUGCCUGUGCUGUUCAUAAGGUAUGGACUUGGGAAGAUGUUCUUAAUGGAGAUUUUAGCAUCCGCUGUUUAAAGAAGCACCUGCAGAGACUAUUGGAACAGGGUUGCUUGUCAGAAGUGCAAUUUUACUGGGAUACAGGGGAAUCACUAUGGAGAGCACAUCUUCAUGUUUGGUGAUUGAAGCUGUACAGAAUACCUUCCACAACUUGAUGUGGUUGCUCCUAGAAUAUACUUGUUUUUUUUUUUCCCCUCAUACAUAUUUCUUCUGUGUUGUUUGUACAUAGAAUUUUUGCAGAAAGUCAUCUGGGCUGGCCACUGGAAAAUUGGUCUCACUUGGAGACCCAAAGCUUCUAUGUAAAUAGAAAGCGAUACACAUCCUGUCAUCUCCGGUGCUUUCUUC